AUGUCCCCCUGCGCGCGUCCCGCCGCCGCCGCCGCCCGCGGAGUGAACCCGGCUAAACCACUCCGCCGGGCCGCGUCCUACUCAACCCAUGCUCGCUUCCCCCACCUCUUUAUGUCCUCUUCUUCUCCCCGCACCCCGCCCCUCGCGGCGGCGGCCGGCGGAAGCGGCGCGGCGGCCCCUUCCUCCCUUCUCGCCGCCGACCCGGGCCACUGCGAGGCCGUGCUGCUCGCUGCACGCUCCGCCAUGGGGAACUGCCUCGGAGAGACCCGCCUCGACCUCGCGGUGUCAGGGCUCCGUCUCGCUGCCAAGGGCAAGGUGAGGGACGUGUACGAGAGCGGGGAGCACCUGGUGUUGGUGACCACCGACAGGCAGAGUGCUUUCGACCGCGUACUUGCUUCCAUCCCGUUUAAAGGGCAGGUUCUUAAUGAGACAAGCCUUUGGUGGUUCAAUCAGACCCGUCACAUUACUCCAAAUGCAGUAGUGUCUUCUCCUGAUAAGAAUGUAACAAUUGCCAAAAGGUGCACAGUUUUUCCAGUUGAAUUUGUUGUGAGGGGAUUUGUUACAGGAAGCACUGAUACAUCUUUAUGGACAGUUUAUGAUAAGGGUGUAAGGAACUAUUGUGGAAAUGCUCUCCCUGAUGGCAUGGUAAAGAAUCAGAAGCUAUCUGCAAAUAUACUGACACCAACAACUAAAGCUGCAGAUCAUGAUGUCCCUGUCACUCCAGAUGAGAUAAUCAAGUCAGGGUUGAUGUCAAAGGAGGAUUUUCAUGAGACUGGAAGCAAAGCCUUAAGCUUGUUUGCAUAUGGACAGAAAGUGGCCAUAGAGAAUGGAUUAAUUCUGGUUGACACAAAGUAUGAGUUUGGAAAAACAGCUGACGGGACAAUCGUGUUGAUUGAUGAGGUUCAUACUCCUGACUCCAGCAGAUAUUGGAUUGCUAAUUCAUAUGAAGAUAGAUUCAAAUCUGGCCUUGAACCUGAAAAUGUUGAUAAGGAGUUUUUAAGGCUUUGGUUCAAGAACAACUGCAAUCCAUAUGAAGACGCGGUUCUGCCAGAAGCUCCAGAAGAGUUGGUUUGUGAGCUGGCCUGGCGGUACAUUUUCCUGUUUGAAACAAUAACAAAAACAAAAUUUGAGAUCUUGGAAGCACAGCACCAGCAGCAGAGGAGCAGAGCCAGAGCUCCAGCCUCCAGCAAUGGCCGAGAAGGGCGUGAAGAUGUUCGGGAUGUGGGCGAGCCCUAUGGUGUGGAGUGGGCGCUCCGGCUGAAGGGCGUCGAGUACGAGUACGUCGACGAGGACCUCGCCAACAAGAGCGCCGACCUGCUCCGCUACAACCCGGUGACCAAGAAGGUCCCCGUGCUCGUCCACGACGGCAAGCCGAUCGCGGAGUCCACCAUCAUCGUCGAGUACAUCGACGAGGCCUGGAAGGGCGGCUACCCCAUCAUGCCGGCCAACCCCUACGAGCGUGCCCAGGCCAGGUUCGCAGAAGAGAAGUGCAACGCUGCUCUGUACCCGAUCUUCACCGCGACCGGCGAGGCGCAGCGCAAGGCGGUGCACGAGGCCCAGCAGUGCCUCAAGACCCUGGAGACGGCCUUGGAGGGGAAGAAGUUCUUCGGCGGAGACGCCGUGGGCUACCUCGACAUCAUCGUCGGGUGGUACGCACACUGGCUCCCCGUCGUCGAGGAGGUGAUUGGCGCCAGCGUCGUCACCGACAAGGAGCUGCCGCUGAUGAAGGCAUGGUUCGACCGGUUCCUCGCCGUUGACGUAGUGAAGGCGGCCCUGCCCGACAGGGACAGGCUCCUCGCGGCCAACAAGGCCCGCCGUGAGCAGCUCCUCUCCGCGUAG